AUGCAGCGCAGCCCAAGUACGCCCGGCACCGCGCCCUCUAUCGAGCAAGACCCCGUCAAGCCCUUCCUGGACGGGUUCGCUGCGGCAGUCAACGAUCCCACUCAGCGCGCCAUGUGGACCGAGCUGAUCAAGCUCAAGACCAAGACUCUCGAACAUGCCAUCGCCGACGCGCGCGCUCGUGAGCGUACCGCCGAGGUCACUCUCACCAAGCUGCAGCAGGGUAUCCGCGCGAUCAACCAGAACCGCCAGAGCCUGCAGGUCAGCGGCUUCCAGCAAGGCGCGGGCUACGGCAACUUCCCGCUGGUCACUCACGCCCGCUCUCCUGCUCCUGAGCCCCAGCAGAACUUAUCGGAAGCCGUGAGCAACGUCGCCAUGCCGCCGCCCCAGCAGCCCCAGGCGCCCCAGCCCCAGCAGCAGCAGCAGCAGCAGCAGCAGGCACCGCCUCAACAACAACAGCAGAUGAGCCAGCAGCAGCAGGCAGCACAGUUCAGCAACGACCUCGGGCCGAUGACGAUGACGCCUUUCGACCUCGAGGCCAUGCUGCAGGGCGCGGGGAGCAACCUGGACAACCUCUUCGCCUGGCUCCCAGACAACGGUGGGAAUGCGGGAAACGACAUGCCACAGACGGCCAAUCCUGCAAACCUUCUUGUUGGUGGCGAGUUGAUGAUGCCGAUGGGCUCAUCCAUUACCGAUGGCCCGACGCCGAAUACCGCUACCUCGCCGCCCAUCAAGCGUCCGCACACGCCUGAGAGCGACGAGUCGCCGGCCCCGCCGCCAGCCAAGAAGGGCAAGACGCGUGGCGAAAAGAAGGUUGUUAUCGAACAACAUGCGUGCUGCCAGCAGUGUGGCAAGACGAUUGCGCGCGUGCUUAUCCGGGCACCUAAGAGUGCCAUCCCAUCCCCGAUCAACGUCGAGUUCAAGUGCCCCGACUGCACCGGCGUGCAUCAGCCACCGACAUUCGACCCGCACGCCGCCAUGGGCUCAAGCCCGGCGAUAGGGAGCACCGAGACCCGCAAGCGCAUGCGCACAGCCAUGGAGGACGACGACAUGCUUAGCGACGACCCCGCGCGCCGCCGGUGCUUCUGCGACGUGUGCCAGCGUGUCGUGUGUGUCGGGCAGGUGGUGGGCGGCGCCGAGCGCCAGCCGCUCGGCAACAUGACAGAAAUCAUCUGCGCGUCCUGCGACUCCAAGUACCAGCGGUGUACGGACUGCGGUGGUGGCGGAGGCCCGCGCGUAGGCAUCGGCAAGUGGCGCCUCAAACAGGUUUUCCAGGUCGGGCGCAAGACGUGCUCGCUUUCCCACAACCGCUUGGGCGACAGGCCACGCGAGAUCGGCGUGCACGUUACCCCAUCAGACUUUACACCGGAGCAGCUCAAGGAGGUCGUGGCGCGUUGCAAGACGCUCUGGACGGAGAAGACGUUGAGUCGCUUGGCCGUGCCGGAGAUGCUCGAAAUCGACCUCCCACCGCACAUCACAAAUCCGCUGCGCAAUUACAAUGACGUCGAGAAUAUUGUGCACCGCUGCUGGCCGUCGCGUGAAGCCAUGAUCCGCGCGGAAGGUGCCGACCCCACUAGAUUUAAGCGCCUCCUUGGCCUGACUUGGGCGCACGCUCGCAGCCGUCGCAGUGUGCGUACCGUGGACAUUGAGGAGCAGUACGCGCACGAUCAGCAAGCCGACGACGUGGACGUGAGCACGGUGUUGGCCAAUGUGAAGCGGACCAACGCCGUCAUCCCGCCUGGCUCAGAGCUCAUCGGAAUGUGGGGCGGCGAGUGGGACAUGAGCAGCGGCUCGCUGCUCGUCUCGACGCUCAUCCCCUUCGAGGGCACGGACGGGGAGGACCACUCGGCGCUCUCCGUCGGCGAGCUGAUCACAAAAGUCCAGCAGCUGCAACAGGCGAUGAACGAGCAGCGUACGGCGGAGGCGCAAGCCGCGGGGUGCGAGCCCACGCUCGUCCGUCCCUGCGAACACCUGUGGGUUGUGUCGGGCGGCUCGAUGCCGCUCAUCCGCGAGCGCAUGGCGGACAUCCUCGUGCGCAAGCGCUCGUUUGUGCACGUCGAGGAGUACCUCACGCGCCACCCGGACUUUGUCGACGCGCUCAAGGCCCGCCCUGCCGGCCUGCAUCCUGAGCAGCACCAGCCGCUGCCGCACCAGCUGGAGAAGGACCACGCGUACCAGGGCCCUGGGCCGCUCGUGCUCGUCCGCUGGCUCGGCAAGGACUACGACGCGCAGAAGAUCCUCGAGAUCAAGCAGAUGGAGUUUGGCGGGGGCAAGGCGAAGAAGCUCAAGAAGAUGCCGAAGAGCAAGGUGUAG